CUCCAGGCGAAGGGCUGGAACCCUGCAUUCUGAGGCCUUCCCAGCCCAGGGGUGCCUGCCCCCACCCCCCACCCGGCAGGCGUCAUGAGGAGCCUGGCACUAGCUGGGGUAUUCCUGGCUGCCACCCAGGCCUGUAUCUUCUGCCGCCUCCCGGACAGAGACUUGUCAGGCCGCCUGGCACGGCUCUGCAGCCAGAUGGAGGCCCAGUGGAAGGAAUGGGCCUCCCCAGAUUUCUCCGCCUUUGCCCUGGAUGAGGUGACCAUGAACAAGGUCACAGAGAAGACUCACAGAGUCCUCAGGGUCAUCGAGAUCAAAAGGUCUCUCUCUUCACUCCCACCCUAUUGGCAAUGGCUGCAGAAGACCCUGAUCCCCCAGUACACCAGGGAAGCUCUCUGUGCUCCGGCCUGCCGGGGCAGCACCAUCCUGUACAACUGCUCCACCUGCAGGAGUGCCGAGGUGUCCUGUUGGCCCCGAAAGCGCUGCUCUCCAGGAAGUCACGAUCUUUGGGAAGCCAGGAUUCUGCUCCUCUGCGUCUCCGGAGCUGCCCUGCUCCUGGGCGUUCUGAGCCUCCUGGUGGAGUCCCGACACCUCCGAGCCGGCAGGUGACUGGUGAGAUGCUGACAGCUGCCUCUAAGAGGGGCAUACCCCACACCUCGACCAGCAGCCCUCCCUGGUCCCAGCCUUCCUGACCCCAAAAUCUAGAUGUCCCCACCAUCCCGGCAUCAGAUGGCCUCCAGGAACCCAGACACCCGCAGCUGGAAAGUUCCAUCCCCCCCUGGCCCUCCACCAAUCAGACAGGGCAGCCAACCCUGCCAGGAAAUUAUCUACAGAAGGAAAGAAUCCCCUGCACGCCACCACCACCCCUCCCACAGCCCUCGCUCUGUUCCCGGAAAGCGGGGGCUGGCCGCCCCAGAAGCGUCUCUGGGCCCUCUUGUGACUGACUGGGGAUCUGGGAACGAGCGUUCUGGAAAACUCCCUCCCCCUGCAGCCAGACCACAUCAGUGAGGCCGCUGGCAUGCGCUCCCUCCAUUGUGUCCCAGCGAGAAGCCUGGGCCUUCCUCCCGCUGGGCCCAACUAAACCUGCUGCUCCACCCCCUCCGUCAUCUCCCGUCUGUCUGCGGCCAGCGAGGGCAGGGGGACACAGCGACAGCGACAGCGGCCUCUCGAAGCCCCUGGUUCUCAACAGGGGUGAUGUUGCACUGCAGGGGAUGGGGACAGUUCUGAUGGGUUCAGCUGGGCGCAGGGGCUGUGCCACUGGCACCUAAUGGGUAGAGACCAAGCAUGCACCUCAGCGCCCCACUGUGCGCCGGCAAAGAGUGAUCCUGUGCAAAAUGCCGGUAGUGUGUGGUUCCUUCGCAUUCAGGGGGUUUUGGUUUAGGGAUGGGAGAUGGGACGUGAAAAGUGAGAUCUGUCGCCUGGGCCAAGUCCCAGCCCAAGCCCCUGGGUCAGAGAGGACCCCCGGUUCUCACCUAGCCCCGUGAUUUUCAAACUAGGUCGCCGGCAGCUCCAGGGUGCAUUGGAGGCUGCAUGAGCCCCACCUGGAGAUGUUCUGGAACCAGUGGCGACCUGGGGCCUUGGUUCCUGUAACCUGAAGAGAGGCUUAGAGCCGCUGCUCUGGGCAGGCAUUCGGGGGACAGUGAUUAAGCUGUUGCUUGGGACGCUUGCAUCUCCCGGUCCGGCAUCUUGGGAGGCAACAGAAGAUGUGCUACCCCCACUGCCCCCCCACCCCGCCACGUGGGAGACCAGGUGGAGCUCCUGGCUCCCGCCUUCAGCCUGGCCCAGCCCUGCAUGUUGUAGGCAUUUGGGGAGUGAACCAGCGGAUGGAAGAUGUCUCCCUCUCUCCUUUCUCUCUCUCUCCCCCUCUCCCUUCCUCUUCCUCUCCCUCUCUCUCUGCCUUUCAAAUAGAUGAAAAUAAAUAAACAUUUAUAAAAGGAAGCAGAGUUCUAGGGGUGCUCCUGGGGCCCCAGGGAGGGGAGAGGAAUCCCUACCCCUUUCACAAGAGGAAGAGGACCUUCCAUCUAGUGUUAUACAUUCUAGUCCAAUCCCUUCGUUUUACAUACACACAAUGAGACCCAGCGAUCACAGGAGACCAGGAACUUGGAGUUGGCUUUGACAGGUGGUGAAGACACUGGUGUGGUGCCCACACUCACAUUGCAGUGCCCGAGGUUGAGCCCAGCACCAUUCCCCAUUCCAGCCUCCUGCUAAUGAACACCCUGGGAGGUGGAGGCCGCAGGCAAUGGCUUCAAUAUGUGGGUCCCUGCCCCCAACACAGGAAACCUGGAGUGUGUUCCCAGCUCCCAGCUUUAGCCCAGCCCUGGCCAUUACAGGCAUUUGAGGAGGGAGCCAUGGAUAGAAGCUCCAUUUGUCUGUAUUUAUCUCUGCCUCAUAAAUAAUUUUUUUAAGAAAAAGAUUUUGUUUGUUUGAAAGGUCGAGUUACAGAGGAAGGGAGAGGGGAAUCUUCCAUCUGCUGGGUCACUCCCCGAAUAUCGGCAACCAUUGUCACUGGGCCAGGCUGAAGCCAGGACCCAGGAACUUCAUCCUGGUCUCCCACGUGGAUGGCAUUGGCCCAAGCACCUGGGCCAUCUUCUGCCGCUUUCCUAGGUGCAUUAGCAGGGAAUUGGAUCAGAAGUGGAGCAGCCAGGACUGGAACCAGCACUCACAUCACAUGCUGGCUUCACAGGUGGAGGCUGAACCUGCCGUGCCACAUGCUGGCCUCAUUUUCCUAAAAAAGAAAAAAAUGUACAAUUUGUCCAAGGUCAAACAACUCCUUCAUUCAUUCACUUGACAAUUACUUAGGGCAUAGUUACCAGGUGCUAGGCAGCAUGACUGCACAAGACAGGAUGAGAGGGGCCGGCGUUGUGGUGCGAUGGUUAAGUUACUGCUUGCAACGCCACAUCUCACAUCAGAGCUCUAGAUCCCAUCCCAGUUACUCCACUUCCAGUCCAGCUCCCUGCUAAUGCACCUGGGAGAGCAGAAGUGGGAGACCCAGAGAGCUCCAGGCUCCUGGCUUUGGCCUGAACCAGCCCCUGCCAUUGUGGCCAUCUGGGGAAUAAACCAGCAGGUGGAAGAUUUCUCUGUGUGUGUAUGUGUGUGUGUCUCAUCUCUAUAACUCUGCCUUUCAAAUAAAAUAAAUAUUUUGUAAAGAUUGAUUCAUUUAUCUGAGGUAGAGGGAGAGGGGGGAGGCAGAGAGAAAGAGAGGGAGCUCCUAUCCACUAAUUCACUCCCCAAAUAUCUGCUUGUCCAGGCCAAAGCCAGAAGUCUGGAACUCCACCCAGAUCUCCCACGUGGGUGGCAGGAACUCAAAUAUCUUGACCAUAAUCUGCUGCCUUCCAGGCAGGAACCUGGAUCAGAAGCAUGGAACAGCAGGGCCUUAACCCAGGCACUCCCAAUAGGAGACGUGGGGGUUUGGAGCAACAGCUGCAUCCCCUGCACCUAACACCUGCCCACAGUCCCUCCAUUCCCGGAGGGCCUCUGUGCUGCCUGUGGCCCUCCCAGGUGGGCCCUCAGGGACCACACUGGCCCUCCUAAAACUCCACACAGCUUGCGUCUUCUGUCCAGCAUCACAUGAUGGUUAAGAAUGUAUAGGCUGAGGGGCUGGUGCUCUGGAAUAGUGGGUAAAGCCGCCACCUGCAGUGCCGGCAUCCCAUAUGGGUGCCAGUUCUAGUCCCGGCUGCUCCACUUCAGAUCCAGCUCUCUGCUGUGGCCUGGGAAAGCAGUAGAAGAUGGCCCAAGUCCUUGGGCCCCUGCACCUGCGUGGGAGACCUGGAAGAAGCUCCUGGCUCCUGUGCAGCUCCGGCCGUGUGGCCAUCUGGGGAGUGAACCAGCAGAUGGAAGACCUCUCUCUCUCUCCCUCCCUCUCUCUCUCCCUCCCUCCCCCCUUCUGCCUCUGUAUCUCUGUAACUCUGCCUGUCAAAUAAAUAAAUACAUAUUAAAAAAAAAAAAAAAAA